GGGUCUGGGGGGCGGAACCAUCGGCGCAGGGCGGUGCUGUCGGGACGGCUGGUUUCCCCCUGGGCUGGGAGCCGGCGGUGACCGGUGGAGUGAGAUGCAAAGGCACUAGGAUCUUUGGCAUGAUUUUGUUUUGUGGAUCAUCAUCAGUCUUUGCUGCUUUGGAAGAAGAUGAUGUUGGCACAGGAGCUGGAACUAUUUCCGGGAUGCACUGUGACACUUCUGCUGUUUAAAGAUGUUAAAAAUGCUGCCGAGCUUCGAAAAAAAGCUGUGGAAGGAUCCAUAGAUGGGGCCUUAAUAAAUGCAUCAAUGAUAGUUGACCCAUUUCAGAUGCUCGUGGCAGCUAACAAAGCAGUUCAUUUAUACAAAUUGGCCAAAAUGAAGACUCGGAGUCUUUAUUCUGAGAUAAUAUUUAAUCUUUCUCCAACGAAUAAUAUUUCAGAUGCCUUCAGAAAAUUUGGUAUUUCAGAUGGCGACUCCUCUGUCCUCAUCGUUCUGGUGGAUGAUGGAGAGAAAAAAUCAAAGUUGGAAGAUAUCAUCAGUCAAGUAAAAGGACAACAGAUCUCUGUUCAAGAUAUCUCAACAAAAGCAGAUGUGGCCAAAAUUAAAAAGGUUUACAAAGUAACUCCUGCUGAAGAAAACGUUGGCGAUUUAUUGGAUGCAAUCAUUUGUCGGAUGAGUGCGAAAGAUAUUCUUUGACAGGGAAAGCCAGGUUGCUUUAGAGGAUUCUUCACAAAUAUCCUCCUGAAGUAGAGAAAAGUUGUGUUGUAUAAUAUUAAUAUUUUUUAUUGUAGAUUGAUACUGCAUCACGUUUGAGUUUAAAUUCAUAUGUGAAAAUAAAUUUAUAGUUGAAAAUUAAUACGUAAAUCCAGUAACUACAUGAGUAAUAUUGCAAUAAAGACCUAAGAUUACCGAA